AUGUCGUCAGAGGUGCAAUCCACGCCGGAACCGCACAAUGCAGACGAGCAACUCGUCAUGGAGCAGGAAAGGGUCCACGAAGAGCGGGAGACGUCAUUCCAGUUUCAGAGAGAGGCACUCGAUGCGGAAGGCUCCACAUCCGCGUCAGCUACUGCUGCUCUCAUACCCGUUGAAGACACACCAACACAGUCAGCACAGGAUGCCGCAGCAGACAACAGUGAAGAGGCGGAAGCGGCAGCAGUGGAACAAGCGACUGCGGUCAUCGACGAGACCGUUCACAAACCUUCUCCGCGAAGCAGUCGUAAAAGUCGAACAUCAGCAACUGUGCCGUCAUCCGCACCGUCCUCGGAGCCAUCGAAUAAGAAAGCGCGCAAAUCCACCAUCACCACCGAAGUUGCUGUCGAGCCAGACGUCAACGUACGCCUAGAUCGACUGCGACAAGCACUGUUCCGCUUCCUCGAUCUGAUCGAACACCGCGCCACCCGCUCUAGCUUCGUCAAAGCUCUCCCGCACAUCGACACGGAAUCCGUCGAAGCUCUUCGCCAACAGUUUGUCGCCCAACUCAAAGCCGCCAUCAUCGACGAAUCCGAAAAGCUGAUCGAAUCCAACGACCUCGAAGCCAAACUCGCAUCUCUGCAUCGAUUGACACAAGAAGCGGAUGCAAGGUAUCAAGCGGGGUAUCGGGAAGGUGCGGUGGAGAUCAUGGAUGUUUGGCGGAAAGAGAUGGAUUUGCAAACAGCGGUUUCAGCGAGAGCGAUACCUGAUCAGGAGAGAAGAAUUGAGAUACUGAGGAAGGAAUUGGAGACGGUCAGGAAGGAGAACCAUGUGAUCCAUAGAGAACUGCUCCAAACAAGGGCCAGAAGCGAUGCUAUCCAGACAGACGCAAGGGAGUCCUUGAACGCUCUAGAAUCGGUAAGUACCUCCAGCACCAAACCUCCUCAAUCGACAAGUCAAAGAACAAGCUACUCACGCUCGAACCUUCAACGGCAAAAAAAACAGGCAAUCAAAGGUCUCGAAGCUACACCAGACAUGCAAAAACAACUUCGACAGACCAUGGACGAUCUACUCCAAGACCUCGGCGCUCGUGUAUGA